GGCUGCGCAUGCGCCUGUCACUGCCGGGGUGUUUGUUCUUCGGGAGAAGCCGGCGCCAUGGCGGUUCUCUUGGAGACCACUCUGGGCGACGUGGUCAUUGACUUGUACACCGAAGAGCGUCCACGUGCUUGCUUGAAUUUUUUGAAGCUAUGCAAAAUAAAAUAUUACAACUAUUGCCUCAUACACAAUGUACAGAGGGAUUUUAUCAUACAAACAGGAGAUCCCACAGGGACUGGCCGUGGAGGAGAGUCUGUAUUUGGACAACUGUAUGGUGACCAAGCAAGCUUCUUCGAGGCAGAAAAAGUGCCCAGGAUUAAGCACAAGAAGAAAGGCACCGUGUCCAUGGUCAACAACGGCAGUGGUCAGCACGGCUCUCAGUUUCUUAUUACUACAGGAGAAAAUUUAGAUUACCUUGAUGGUGUUCAUACAGUGUUUGGUGAAGUGACAGAAGGCAUGGACAUAGUUAAGAAAAUCAACGAGACCUUUGUGGACAAGGACUUUGUUCCAUAUCAAGAUAUCAGGAUAAAUCAUACAGUGAUUUUAGAUGAUCCAUUUGAUGACCCUCCUGAUUUAUUAAUUCCUGAUCGAUCACCAGAACCUACAAAGGAACAAUUAGAUAGUGGUCGAAUAGGAGCAGAUGAAGAAAUUGAUGACUUCAAAGGAAGAUCAGCCGAAGAAGUAGAAGAAAUAAAGGCAGAAAAAGAGGCUAAAACUCAAGCUAUUCUCUUAGAGAUGGUGGGAGACUUACCUGAUGCAGAUAUUAAACCUCCAGAAAAUGUGCUGUUUGUGUGUAAAUUGAAUCCAGUGACCACAGAUGAGGACUUGGAGAUAAUAUUCUCAAGAUUUGGGCCAAUAAGAAGUUGUGAAGUUAUCCGGGAUUGGAAAACAGGAGAGUCCCUAUGUUAUGCUUUUAUUGAAUUUGAAAAGGAAGAAGACUGUGAGAAAGCAUUCUUCAAAAUGGAUAAUGUACUUAUAGAUGACAGGAGAAUACAUGUGGAUUUUAGCCAGUCUGUUGCAAAGGUUAAAUGGAAAGGAAAAGGUGGGAAAUAUACCAAGAGUGAUUUCAAGGAGUAUGAAAAGGAACAGGAUAAACCAGCCAAUUUGGUUCUGAAAGAAAAAGUAAAGCCCAAACAAGAUGCAAAAUAUGAUCUUAUACUAGAUGAGCAGGCAGAAGACUCAAAAUCAAGUCACGCACACACAAGUAAAAAACACAAAAAGAAAACACGUCACUGCUCCGAAGAAAAAGAAGAUGAAGACUACAUGCCAAUCAAAAACCCUAAUCAGGAUAUUUACAGGGAAAUGGGUUUUGGCCAUUAUGAAGACGAAGAAAGCUGUUGGGAGAAGCAGAAGAAUGAAAAGAGAGAGCGACGUCAGAACCGCAGUCGUAGCAGAUCUCGAGAAAGGGAUGGGCACUAUAGCCACAGCCACAAAUCCAAGUACCAGGCAGACCCUUAUGAGAGAGAAAGGGGCAGAAAGACGGACCGAAGCAGGAGCCCAAAGAAAUCCAGAGAUAAAGAAAAAUCCAAGUACAGAUGAGCAGAGAGGAGGCGGACUGAAUGGAGCAGGUCUGCUCCGGCCAGACGCACUCAGUUCCUGCCAGCACAGCCGACUCUGUUGUCGCCUUUCAGGUUACACUGACGGUGUGGGGCUCUGGAAGAGAGGGAGGCAUUUUGUGUAUACUUUUUAAUACAAAUUUUAUUGUUAUACAUACAUGGUAAUGUUCAUAUUUAACAUCUUUCAUAGUUUCGGUCUUUUAAAAAUGAAUCAUUUCAGGUCAUAAAUCCAUAAACUUGUAUAAAAGACAUAAAACUUAGAAAAUGGAAGUGUUUGUGUACCUGGCUGCACCGUAAGAGGUAAGAGAGUCACUCACUGAAAGUUCUAUAUGUCCCUUCUCCGUGCAGGACUUAUUCUGAGUUGUGUUUACCCUGUUGUUCAUUUUGUAUGUUUUUGAAUUUUAUACAAAAGGCACAGUGUAUGUUUCCUUUUGUGACUUUUUUUUUUAAGAAUCCACUUAUUUUUAUUGUUACAUAGUUGUGAAUGUAAUGCGGUUGAUCUGUUGAUGGACUUUUAGGUUGUUUGUUAGUUUUUGCUAUCUAAGGAAUGCCACUGUGAACAUUUCAACUGGGCGUGGCACUAUCUAGCCAUGUGGUUUGAGUUUUCAAUGCAUUUAUAGUUAUGGUUGCCAUAAUUUACCUGGUAUGUGAGUUUGUAUGGGGCAGGGGUAGCCAUGAGAGUAUCAGUCUACCAUACUGCUUGGAGCACAUUGGCUCCAUUAUUGUACAUAUUUUGACCACCAAUAGAAAAGGUGUAAUUACAUCAGGAGCAGCUAGCAUCUUUUCUGGGGAGAUGGCUCAGUUGGUUCAGUACUUCUUCACCAGCAUAGGACUGAGCUCAGAUCCUUACCACACACACAGCUGUACCAGUGCAUGGCAGUAAUCCAGCACUGGGAGACUGGGGCGGGGAAGCUCCAGGCAGUGAGAGGCCUUUCCUCAGUGAGAGACUGAGGAAGACACUUGGCGCUCUCUCUCUCUCUCUCUCUCUCUCUCUCUCUCUCUCUCCCCCUCUCUCCCUUUCUCCCUCUCUCUCUCUCUUCCCUGCCUCUCCCCCCCCCCCCCAAUAAACAGCUAUCCUGCCUAUGGAACUGUAGGUGUUGCUCACAUAGCUGAAUCUAAAACAUGUUCUACAAGAAUAAGCACAAGACAAGCAGGAAGCAGUGAGGGGUCACCUCCUGUUGACAGCCGAGACUCCAUGUCAGAACUCUGGAGUAUUGAAAGGAGAAAAUUUAUGCACCAAGCAUUUCAAGGAAAACAUAUUCUUGAUUGCAAAUUAUAAGAAGCUGUUUUAUUCUUCCUAUGUAUUUGACAGUAAUUUCAUAUGCUUAUGGGGGUGUAAUAUGUUUGAUAUAUGUCGGUACUCUGGAACAAGUAAAUCCAUUUACAAACA